GCACAUUCCAGUCUAAUAUUUGUCGUCUGUUAUUAUUAAUUGUCAGUUGCUGACUCUUAUAAACACGAGGACGCAGGACCGGCGCCCUAUUGGAUUUUUUUUUUGGAGUGAUCUCAUACAACUGUCCCCUCCGACUGUUUCUUUCAAUAUCUGAUAACUAGAUCGAAUAAAUCGGUUAUCGAUAAAUUUUCAUCCUUCUAUAUUCUUUCUCUCCCCACUUUCUUUUUCUCCCUGAUUGUACAAACCCUCAAUUCGUCUUUAACGUCGUCGACCGCUCACAAUGACUGCAUCUUCCAAUGGCCACGCUCAGAAUGGCGAAGGUGCACAGGAACGCCGCUUUGGCACCUUAGCUGUCCACGCUGGAUCGCCUCAUGAUCCCACUACUGGCGCCGUCAUUGCUCCUAUUUCGCUUUCCACAACAUUUGCGCAAACCAGCGUCGGUAACCCCGUCGGUCUCUAUGAGUACACCAGAAGCUCAAACCCAAACCGUGAUAACUUCGAGCAAGCUGUUGCGGCCCUCGAACACGCAAAAUACGCACUGGCCUUCUCCUCCGGUUCGGCGACUACAGCUACCAUCCUCCAGUCCCUAGCUGCAGGCUCUCACGUCGUCUCGGUGUCCGAUGUGUAUGGCGGAACCCACAGAUACUUCACAAAGGUCGCCUCGGCCCACGGUGUUCAUGUAACAUUCUCGCCUUGCAUUGAAGUUGACGUGGAGGCAUUGAUUCGACCCGACGAGACCAAGCUGGUCUGGAUUGAGACCCCAUCCAACCCCACACUUGGCUUGGUCGACAUUCGCAACGUAGCAGCCGUUGCGCACCGGCAUGGCAUCAUCGUGGUGGUUGACAACACCUUCAUGAGCCCCUAUGUCCAGAAUCCCUUGGAUCACGGAGCCGAUAUCGUCGUGCACUCGGUCACUAAGUAUAUCAACGGUCAUUCAGAUGUUCUCAUGGGCGUCGCAGCCUUCAACUCUGACAGUCUGAAGGAUCGUCUCACAUUCCUGCAGAAUGCCAUUGGGGCCGUUCCAUCUCCUUUCGAUUGCUGGCUCGCUCACCGUGGCCUCAAGACCCUUCAUCUGCGCGCCCGUGAGGCGACGACUAACGCUACAAUCGUCGCCAAGGCUCUUGAGGCGUCGCCUCAUGUUAUCUCUGUCAACUACCCAGGACUUGACUCACAUCCCCAUCGCGCCAUUGCUAUUAAGCAGCACCGCCAGGGAAUGGGUGGUGGUAUGCUGAGCUUCCGUAUCAAGGGAGGCCAGAAGGCCGCUCAUCUUUUCUGCCAAUACACCAAGGUCUUUACUCUUGCUGAGAGUUUGGGCGGCGUGGAGAGUCUUUGCGAAGUCCCUUCAAGCAUGACACACGCCGGCAUUCCUAAGGAUCAGCGUGAGGCCGCUGGUGUCUUUGAUGACCUCGUCCGCAUGAGUUGCGGUGUUGAGGAUGCAGAGGAUCUCAAGGCCGAUACGCUCCAGGCUCUUGAGAAGGCUGUUCUCGCUAGCCAGCAGAUGGAGAACGGAUCUGCUUAAUUUUUUUCUGUUAUUGCGAGUGAAUCAAGACAUAGACGACAUUAUAACGCUGAAAUGAUAGAUUUAGCCCAACAUACGAAGACAACCGUCAUGUUAAUGGAAUUUCGAUUUGGGGGCUGGGCC